UCAAGUUCAAAUUUUUUUUUCGUUACUCCGCAUUAGCAUAAAUUUUGUACGCUUGAGUAAUUUAUAGGAUAGAAGGUCAACCCCUAGAGCAGAAUUUACCGUUUCUUAUAUAAUUAUCGAAAUAGAGGCGCGGCAAAAUAAAUGCAGGUCACGAAAUUAUUAAAAAAGAAACGCAAAUGACUGCAGUGCUGCGCGAAUUAUGCCAAUUGCAGCGACAACAACAACAAAGAACUUAAAAAGUGCCUUCAUCUCGCAUAAAACAGCGAAAAUAACACAUCAAAUCGAGUUUGCAACGCGGCAACUAAAAUAAUUUAAGAACUGAACUCUUUCAAUUUCGAACAAAGACCUGAAGCAGCAGCAGUAUGGGUGGUGCUGGUGGCGGAGGGCUGGGCAGUGUGGGAGGGGGCGGUUUAUUGGACAUCUAUGCCAUAGCCUGGGAGCAUCUCAGACCCGGAAGUUCGCCCGUUGAUUGGUGUGAGGGCAAUUAUUUAAUAUCAUCGAAUAUAGCCGAGUUUGUGAAUACGUUUAGCAAUUUCCUAUUCAUUCUUCUCCCCCCUGUGCUGAUGAUGCUGUUCAAGGAGUACGGACGAUUUGUGACCCCUGGCAUCCAUGUGAUAUGGCUUCUAUUAAUCGUCGUUGGACUCAGUUCAAUGUACUUUCAUGCCACCUUAAGUCUGAUUGGCCAACUGCUUGACGAACUGGCCAUACUCUGGGUCUUUAUGGCGGCCUUCUCGCUGUUCUAUCCGAAGCGCUACUAUCCCAAGUUUGUGAAGAACGAUCGGAAAACCUUUAGUUGGCUCAUGCUGCUUUCGGCGAUUGCUGCCACGGCACUAUCUUGGUGGAAGCCUGUCGUUAAUGCCUUUGUACUGAUGUUCAUGGGUGUGCCGACCAUGCUAAUGCUCUACAGGGAGCUUCAGAGAGUCAGCGAUCAGAGGGUCUAUCGCUUGGGUAUCCGUUGCACAACCGUGUGGGCUGUGGCUGUCUUCUGCUGGAUCAACGAUCGUAUGUUCUGCGAGGCCUGGUCGUCCAUUAACUUUCCAUAUCUGCAUGGAUUCUGGCACAUAUUCAUCUUCAUUGCCGCCUAUACGGUCCUCGUGCUAUUCGCCUACUUCUAUGUGGAAUCGGAGCUGCCCCAGCGACAGCCUUUGCUCAAGUACUGGCCAAAGAACGAGUUUGAGUUCGGCAUACCAUUCAUAUCAAUUAGGAAUCCAGAUACAAAAGAUUGGCUUAACUACUGCAGACUAUACCUGCAGCAGGAUCACGACUACAAGCACGGAUUAAGCAAGAUUUCAGGGGACUAGGAGCAGCUGUCUCCGCAAAAGUUAAUCAAUAGACAUACUAAACGAGUACGCAACGUGAUAUAAAUUAGUGUUGAAGGGAGAAUAAGGAAUGCCUAAAAUUACCGCCUUUUAGCCUGCUCAACACAAACAAAGAGCCAAUAAUAAUCCAUAGAAAACCAAAAAGUAUAGCCUGCCAUAUAGAGCAAUAAACUUAAGACGAAAUGAUAAUAAUUAUUCAUAGAUUAUAGAAUGUAUACUAUAAAUGUAAUUGUUAAUAAACGAUUGACGAAUAUCUCACAA